AUGGUGGGGGGUGGAAGUGAUGCGUGUUCGGUGCGGACGACAGUGCAGACGUUUGGGUGCUGGCAGAAGAAGACGCCAACGACGACGGCAAUCACCAAAAAAUACAAGCAACACCCAUCAGCGGCGAACGGCACAGCGAGACGGAGGCAGCAAAACGAUGCAACACGUUUUCCUUAUUCGAACGGCGACGACGAGAACAUGCAUUCGGGCAUUGUGAACUCGAUUUCGAGAACCACGGACGACUGUAUUUGGACUGGAAAGUCUUGCAGUAUGAGCUACCAGCCGCUCUGA